CCAGACCGUAGCUAUUGGCGAGAAAGGCAAGCAUCCAUGCGGAGAUCCAGUCCACGACCCCAACCACUGCCUACGAAUGCUGCACGUCUUCUGUCCUUUCUGGCGGCUCUAUCUCCGCAGCGGAUUGGUUGAUUUUGGCAGCACCUACACCCCGCCACCAUGGGCCUAUGGUGGCAUCCGUGCUCGACGGCGAGAAGGCCUCAUGACGCUCACGCGCAUCGCGGCCUUCAAGCUACGCAGUGCACACAUCCCACACCUUGUGAAGAGCUACGGCAUGCGCAACGCUUUCGGCACAGGCGACACUGACCGACUACUGGCAGCCCAUCGCGUACGUACUGACGACCCCCACUUCGAGGACAUGCUCACGCAACAUCGGCACCGCGCCACCAUGCGCACCGACGCCAACGACGACACCAUCGGGCUCCACCCAUGCAGUGGAGGCCGUAUGGGCGACAGCAACGAGCCCGAGCUCUUCAUGGAAUCCCUCUACCCACUCAUCAUCGACUGGGGCGCAGAGCUCACCGCCGUCAUUGGAGCCCUAGCGACAGACUGCAUCGACGUCUCUAUCAUGAACGCCAAGCUUCGACACGGCGGAUAUGCACAGAACGCGCACAAGCAGGAGACUCUGGUACGACUUGCCACCAGCAACGCCACCAAGCAGGCCGAACGACAACUCAGUGGCACAUGCAUGACCAACCUCAUCCACCUCGGCUCCUACAUCCAUGUCGACGGCUACAACACUCGCGAGGACCUCCUCAGUGCCUUUGCGGCCCCCAUCAGCGACGACCUCCGUGGCCCCUGGGACAUUAACGACGACAUUCGGAAGUUUUUCAGAGACCCCGAGAUCCAGGAGGCAUUCCAGCAGAUCGAUUUCAGCUACCUUCGGCAGGCGUGCGUCUCGCAGUCUUUGGCCCCACCAGGUCACCGCUUCUUGCCACCCGAGACCCCUCUGGGAGACCCCGACAGCGACCCCGAGGAUCCGAACCCGUUCGUCUGCAACAUCGAGGGCUGCAUCAAGGCCUUCCGCAC